GCUCAAUCCCUGUCUGUAUGCGCACAGACAGACAGACAGACUUUAGACAGGCAGACAGAAAUUGCACACCGACCGCCUUGAAGGUAAAGGUUCAAUCACCCAUCGCAUCUGUACACAGUCCGCCACCCUGUCCACCUGCAGCACAGAUUCAGUCCUGACACACAAGGCAUGACACACACGUGGGAGUCGUCCAUCAGGCAAGUGUGUGGUGGCGGGAGGGGGAGAGGGUGAGGUGUGUGGGCGGUGUGGUGACCUGCAGGGGCGGGGCCACCACCACCACCAGCAGCUGCAGGGGGGAGAGCUAGGCCAGCUGGUCGCCGAAUACCAACACGGCGUCGGCCCCCAUGACCUACCGCGCCACCCUCACUGUCAGUGGGAACCUGGCGGCACCCUCCCUGCCGGCCACCGGUCGCUCCGUCGUGUGCAGGUAGGCGCCGGCAUAGUUGAAGUCGCUAUAGAUGUAGAAGUGUGCCUCGAAGGUGUGGUGGGGCUGGUCGCCGUGCAGCACUAUCACUUGGUAGAAGAGUCCUCCUGCCGCCGGACAGUGGUUGGUGCUGAUAGUGCGGCAUCCCCAGAUGGGCGGCUGCUGAGUGGCGAGCUGCCGCUGAAGAGAAAGGCAGAUUUGACAAUGAGCGAGUGGGGAAGCUGGUGAGAAAAUCGUGUGUGUAUAACUGACCAGUCGGUAGAACCGUGUGGCAUUGACGUGCCGGUUGCCAUGCAACCUCCGACCACGCUGGUGUGCAACCUCCGACCCUCCCCAAUGCAUCCUGAUCAGACGCAUCACGGCAGAGCGGUGCAGCAAAUGUGUUCGUGUGUUCGUGUGUGUCAUUCUGCUCAUGUUUCUCACUCGUCCAACACAGCGUCGCGGACUGAAGCGUAGUCAUCACCUGCACACACAGCCCAAUGGUCCCCCUCCUAUAGCUCUGCCCCCUCUCCCUCACCAUGAUACUCACACACAGGGUUACCAUCGUCGAAUCUGUAAUUGCGGAAGGGAUGGUUGGCCGGCAGCGUCUGCGGUGUGUGGAUGGUCAGCCGACGCCCACCCAGCCGCUCCUCGCCAUUGUUGACGCGCUCGAGCGUCAUGCCGAUGUGGCGGCCGAUCAGUGAGAGCUGCCGCAGCGCCUCACACCGGCUGUCGUAUACCGCCCGGCUGCCCACCCCCUCCACAUCAGCACUGGUCAGCUCUAUCGGCAGCUGCCCGCCUCCCCGCCCCUGGUGCUUCGCCACUCUCACGAUGGGCACCAUUGAGGCCCACUCGCCGCUCGUGUCGAUGAAGUACGCCAGCCGCAGCAGCAGGUCGAUGGAUGUCAGGUCAGGGGAGAGGGUGAUGAUGCCUUCGAUUCCCUUGGCGGCCAGCUGGGAGUCUAUUUUUUCCUUGACGCGCUGCAGGAGAGUGCUCUCGAUGGUCUCCUUGCUAUGGUGCAGCAGCUGCUGCUGCUGGGUGAGGGGGCCGCUGGCGAUCUGUGCGAUGAGUGCGCGUCUGAUGGUAUCCGAGCGGGCGGCCUUGCUGAUGAGCAGGGGUAGCAGUUCUUGAGGGCUGGUGGGGCGGCCGUGGCCCGACGAUGACAUUGCCUGAGGGAUAAUAUAUGAAACAACAAGAGACCACCGUCGUGGCAUAUGAUCUGUGUGUGUGUGUGCAGUCUGAAGACUUCACUCACAGGCGGCUGCGGCAAGCCGGUUCCAUGAUCAUCAUCAGCAGCUGCUGCAGCGGAUGAAGAUGACGCUGCAGCCGCCAUGGCUAUAGGUCGACAACGAACGCCUGAAGCAUGCAAGAAGAUCAGCAAGACGAUGAGAGAAAUGCACGUCCAUCCAUUCAAUGGCAUUCAUCCUUCUCAUCUCUCGAUGCUCACCAAAUUAUCGGGGAGUACAGCACCUCUCAGCGCGGCUUCUCAUCGCAGAGCACUCACAGUGAAAGCAGUGAGGCCACGUGCUG